AUGUAUAAACAAAUCCUUCUCAAUACGGAUCAAUGUUUUGAAGACAGCAAUGCUAAAUCAGAGCUGAUCACGCUUUGUCAGAAACAAUAUCCAACAUCAUAUGCCAAUGAUAUUCAAAGAUUCGAACACGAUUAUCAAUCGAAUAUUGCCAUUCAAUGGUAUACAGAAGAUUCAUUUGUCUAUAGAUUGAUCAAUCGAGCUUUACGCACGCAAGAUCUUGAAUGUUUAUAUGUACUUCGAUUUUACAUACGAGAUUUAAGUCGAUUUUUAUCGGAAGAUUGGAAAAUUUGGCGUGAUUGUUUAGAACUUGGAUAUUUUGUUCAUUUAUAUCGUGGUCAAGUUGUUUCACAUUCUCGUCGGUGUGAACUUGAACAAAAUCAAGGAAAAAUUGUUUCGACUAAUGGCUAUUGGUCGAUGAGUCGACGGGAACAAAUAGCAAAGAUCUUCGCUUCUAUCGGUCAAACGCCUGAAGAAUUGAAUGGCGAAUCGAUUCUAUUCGAUAUUGAAGUUGAUUUAAAUGCCAGCGAACAGGUUCUCGCUGAUAUUAGUCGAUUUUCUAAAAAUCCGAACGAAGAAGAAGUUCUCUUUGAUCUUGAUGCAACAUUUCAAAUUGAAAGUGUCAUUGAAGAACAAGAAAAUCAGAUUCCCUAUUGGCGUGUUCGAAUGAAGAUGACCAACGACAAUGGUAUGGCUUGCAUUCAACAGAGUAUUGAUCAACGUCGAUUAUAUGAUUCAACUGGAUUCGAUCAGAUGUGGUCUGUCACACCAAAUAUAAAUCCAUUUGAUGCUCUUCUCCAUUUGAAUGAUCUAUUCAAUUAUUUACAUCGAUUCGAAUUGGCAGUACUUCAAGUACCGACAAGCAAAAUCAAACAAGAUGAUGCAGCUCUUUUAAACUAUAUUCAAGCUGCGGAAUUAAUACUAAAAGUCGGUCCGAAACAGCCGCUCGAACUUGAACAACAAAAAGUCCUCUGCCAAGCAACAAUGCAUUUAACUUUGUCGGAACAUUUGUUCAGUCUUGAUGAUCGAAAUGAAUUCGUCCGUUUGUCACAACGUGCCUUGGGAAUGGUACAUUUCAAAGGCGGCAAUUAUUCUUAUUCAAUCAAACAAUGGACACGCAUCUGGAAUGAAAAUGAUACAACCGAUCGAUUUCAUACCAUGAUUUGUUGUUUCUAUCUAGGUUUGACCUACAGCAAGAUGCAUCAACAUUCAAAAGCAAUCGAUUUUUUUCAACGAGCUCUCACUUACACUGAUGAUUUACCUCCGAUCUUCCAAGCACAAUGUCGAAUGCAAAUCGGCCAUUCAAUUGAACUUCAAGCAAUCGAAAUAUCUACAUGUUUUACAACAGCUCGAGCUAAUUAUGAAAAAGCAUUGGAUCUCUACGAAAAUCAUAUCACACCCAUCGAUGAAGCCGCAUUGGCUCUGUGCUAUGCAAUCAUCGGUAAUUGCUAUUCCUUCGAAAAUGCAUGGACUGAUGAUAGUCAUAAAUAUUAUUUGAAAGCAAUUGACGUCUAUGAUGCUGUGUUUGUUGUUGAAUCUCUAUCGCCGAUGUUCGUUCAACAAGUUCGCUGUCUUCUUACUGGUAUUUUAUUCCAUAUUGGCCUUCGUUAUUAUAAAGAACUUCGUCUAAUCGACAAAGCUCAAAAAUGUUUUGAACGAAUUGUCACCUAUCCAAUCGAACAUUGUGCAUUUGAUAGUUACGCUUUGGCGCAUCGCUAUCUUGGGCAAAUCUUUUCUCUUCAUCAUAAUAAACAUGAACGAGCAUUGGAUCAUUUUCAAAAAUCGGUACAGUUUUAUGAAACAUACGCACCGGAAGAUUUCUGGGAAUUAGCCUUUUGUCAUCAAUGGUUGACGAUGACUCAUGUUAAACUCGAAGAUGAUCAAUCUGCUCUUGAUCAUGGAAAUAAAACAGUUAGUUUUCUAAUGCAAGCAAAUUUAUCAAAAUCAUCAGCAACUUUAUCUGACAGUAAUUUAACUUAUUUCAAGCAAAUCACUAUUUUUCAACCGGAAAGUGAGGAUACUGCGAAGGAACAAAUGAAAAAUCAAACAUUGUCGGAAACUUAUCGGUAA